GUCUAUCAAACAAGGCCAUUAUGGUUUCCCUUUGCCAUUAUUUUCUUUUCUCUAUUUGUUUUCAUCCCUGCUCAUCCCGUUUGCUGUCUUCCCCGGUGCUUUUUGGAGACCCUAGGAGACAAAUCGGAUAAAGUACAUCUCUUUCCUAUAAAAAUUCUCUAGAGGUAUGAAGCAUCUUCGAUCCAUUUAGCAUUUGUUAGUUAGUUAGGAAGUACUUGUUUUCAUUUUCUAUAUAUAGUUACUAUACAAUGUGAUGCUUUCAUUUCUUUAGAACAUGGUAUCAGAGCUGGUUGCCGUAGCUCCAAGCAAUAUUCCUUAUCUUCAAAUUUCUCUCUCGCACGCUUCAAUUCCCAAUUCUUCUCCAUCUUCGACUUCAACUUGAGAUUUCCGGCGAUGGAGGAGUUGAAUCGCCGAUUCACCUAUUAUCUAUGCCCCGAUCGAUUCACCUCUUAGCGUUGGUUGGUGGAUUCUGCGUCCGAUUAGUGGUGAAUCGACUCCUCCGCCAAGCUCAUCAGAACUGGAAUCGAUCGAAUCCGCCAAACAGACGGAACGACAAGUUUCUCUUCCAGAUCUCAUCCAAUUUCGUCUCCAGUGAAACAUCUGGAGUCUCGUUCAAGAUCUGUCGUCUCCUGCAUCAAAGACGUCCUCGUCGGCUCGAUUUGUUUCGUCCUCAGAAGCCGCCGUGAUUCUGUCACGAAUUCCACCGGGACUCCGACUUGCAUCCCCGUCCAGAUACACCGCCUCUCAAUCCGUAGCCUCAUCAUGGUUCAUCUCACAGCACUCACGCUACAGGUCAUGAUCGAUCUUCUUGUUGAGAGUCGUUGGUCUCGCCUGGAAAUGGCUUNAUGAUGAUGAAGUGGUGCUGCAGUUCCUUCAAAUUACUCCAAAUCAGAUUCAUCAUUAUCAAAUGCAAAAUUGUAAUUCGUGCAUUUGAGUUUCUGUCUUCAAUUAAAUCAGUUUUAUGACAUGAAUAACAUUGUCAAUCUGAUUUCAUCCUCAUCAAAUUUCAUCAGAGAUUGGAUAAAUUCAAAACAUAUUCUUCAUUUUUGACUUUGCCAUCUCUGUUUCAUCUUCAUCAUUAUAUUGGUUCUCAAAUUGAGUAUCCAAUUUCAUUCUCAUUCUCAUGAGUCAUGAUUGAAAUGUUUCGUUCAAUCAUUUUCCUUCACUUCUGAAAUUCAGAAGUUUCAUCAUUAUUGAGUUUCACUCGUAUCGUUUUGAUCGAGUUUCACUCGUAUCGUUUUGAUCGAGUUUCACUCGUAUCGUUUUGAUCGAGUUUCACUCUCAUCAUCAUCAUCCGGUUUUCGGUUGACUUCAUCAAUUGUUUUUUGUCAAUUGAUUUCAUUUCAUCAUUUGAUGUUUUCGUUUGAGUUCAUCAAUUGAUUUUUCAUCUCAUCUUCAUCAUCGGUUGUCUAUGGUUUCCUUCUCUGUUUGUUCGGGGAACCAUGGCUGCCAUCACUAGCACAUUGCUGUUUUUUAUCACCUCUCAUCUUCCUAUUUCAUCUCUGAACCUGGGAGUGAUGUUGUCUACAAUCAAAAGCAUUAUUUCCCCAUUCAACAGAGAGUUGUGCCUCUCAGUUUCAGAAUCAAGGGCCUUCAGAAUCAAGCAUUAUUUUCCCACUGUUCUGCAGCUUGUCUCUAGCAAGUUCAAGUUCAGAGAUCUCAAAGUUGACUCUCUUCGAGACUGAUAUCAUGAUUGGGCGCUUGAGGUGUUUGGUAUAACUUUGGAAGAGAAUGGAGCUAAGUCUACAUCUUGGUUUAGGAUGCUGCAAGUUGUUUAUGCACUAUCAAGACUCAAGAGGAUCUUCAUACACAAUGCAGCACAAAGGAUUUUUUUCAGUUGCAACUUGAAGUUGAAGUUUUUUUCAGCACAAAGGAUAUUUUUGGUUGUUACUUGUUUUCAUUUUCUAUAUAUAGGACUUAACCAUGUAAUACACAAUUUGAGCUAGUUACUACAAUGUGAUCCUU